GUGGGUACGUGAUUCAAGACGACCGUCGUCCAUGCUUCUUCCCCCCCUCCCUCCACUCUCCCCAUUCCCCAUCCACCAACAAUCGUGCUGCCCCCACGCGCCGCCGUCAGCUCACCGGACCCAGCGGACUUGGGUUGCGGACUUUGGCCCCAUCUGGUGGUGGUGGUGGUCCCUUUCGAUGCGCCCCUUCGGGCCCCUUGUUGGUCUCUCGCGCACCCAAAGAAAAGUCGCGGCCGUCAUCGCUCAGGCUAGCGGUAAGUAGAAGUAUUGAUUGAGAGGGCGAGGGAACAGCCCGGCAGGAUCAAGGGCCGAUAGGGCUACUGCUACUACUACUACUGCUAGCAGUCUCUUGGUAUGGUCAGAUUCCGCUCUUGGUUAUAGACACCAAAUUAUCAUACAUCCAUAUUUGAUCCCCACGUUGCCGCCCGCCCGCCCCCGACGUCCCGUCACAGACGUGAAACCACCACUACUUGUGCCUUCAACGGGAACCGGGACCGCGCGGCGAAGGACGACGGUGCAGACGCCUUCUCACACACACUCUCUCUCUCUAACCCUUUUUUUCUUGCUCUCUUUUCACCCCCGGUACAGCGCUUCCCGUUACGUAUCGCCAAUUUUACUUGUCCUUCUGUCAGUUGUGCUGCGAUCCGACCAACUUGAUUGUUGUAGCGGCGGCGACACGGACGAUUCCAUCCAUCCAUCCAUCCAUCCACACGCGGAGCCGCUGAACAUCCAGCCAGCAGCAGGCGCAACAGUCUCGACUCUCCGCGAAAAGAAAAACAGAAGAUACACACAAACGAAUCUCACAAGGCAACGAUCAGACGGAGAGGGCGAGCAAGAUUGAAAACUAGAAAAACCCAAGAAAAAGUCGACACAGGAAGAAACAGGAGCGACUUGCGCCUCCCCGCCGCCCGCAGCAGCCAUGUCCUCGGGCAACUCAACCGGCGCGCGCAUGAAGGACUGCACCCAAGUCUCCUUUGGGUGCCCCGUCGAGGGCACCGUGCUGGGCUACUACCCCAACCUCGGGUCUGGCAUCUUCUUCACCAUCGCCUUCGCGCUGUGCCUCUUCGCCGCCGCGGGCCUGGGCGCGUGGAAGCGCACCUGGACGUACGGCGCGGCCAUUACCGUGGGCUUGAUUCUCGAGACGGCCGGAUACGUCGGCCGCAUCCUCCUCCACUACAACCCCUGGAACAACGGCGCCUUUGAGCUCCAAAUCUGCGCCAUCAUCCUCGCCCCGACCUUCAUCUGCGUCUCCGUCUACCUCACCCUCAAGCACGUCGCCCUGCACCUGGGAGGGCCGACGCGCCUCUCCCGCAUCCCCCCCGCCUGGUACCCGCGCAUCUUCCUCCCCGCCGACCUCACCUGCCUCGUCGUUCAGGCCAUCGGCGGGGGCAUCGCCGCCGCCGCCGGCCACGAGAACCGCAAGCUCCAGCGAGCCGGCAACCAGGCCAUCAUCGCCGGCGUCGCCCUGCAGGUCGUCGUGCUCGCCCUCUUCGGGCUCAUGGGCGCCGACUACUGGCGCCGCGCCGCGCGGCACGUGUCCUCGGGCAAGGCGUCGCGGGAGACGCUCGCGCUGUGGAACGAUGGGAGGUUUCGGCAGUUUGUGUGGGCUGUCACGGCUGCGUACAUGGCCAUUCUCGUGCGUUGUGUGUACCGAAUCGUCGAGAUGAGCGGCGGCUGGGGCAACCACAUCAUGCAGGACCAGCCCAGCUUCCUCGUCCUCGACAGCACCCUCGUCCUCAUCGCCGUCUACCUCCUCACCAUCUUCCAUCCGGGCAUCUUCUUCCCGCAGAUGCGCAACGGCUACGCCAAGGACAUGGCCCGAGCGAACCCUGACCACGCAGCCGCUGAUGCGGAGCGCGACGGCGAGAGUGACGAAACCAAGAAUGAGACGCCCGGCUCAGCCAACGAGAGGUCAAAGGUUGAGCAGCCGGCUUGAGUCGUCGCACGCGAGCUUCCUCCACAGGCGAGCAAAGAGGGGGGGCGAGUCGCGCGCCCCGGCAUCGGAUAGACGGCGUUGAAGCGCAUCAUGUUGUCAUUUCAUCGUCCUUGCAGGACAGUAGAGUUGCAAUGCAUAUUUUUCAAGGCUUACGAGAAGCAAGACUUGGACUCCAUGCCCUUUGCUCGCUAUGCCUCUAGUGUACCCAUGAUGCGAUG